AUGCAUACUGGGACAACUUGUGAUGAUGUUCUUAGAGAGAAUUUGGAUUGUAUUUCUAAAGCAACUGACUGGAAUAAAUUCAAUGCUGUUGCAUCACUUGGGUUGAUUCAUAAGGGACAUGAACGCGAAGCUCGAAAGAUCCUCGAUCCAUAUUUGCCCCGAGGAGAUGUUGCUUUAAAGGUGGGGCUCUUUGUGUAUAUGGUUUGUGUUUAUUUCUUAACCCAUUUUUUACGGUUCAAGCGUGGCAUCCCACACUUUUGGCACGCCGAGUCCACCCAUUAAAAAAGAAAUCUUUUUAGAUAUAUUUUUAUUUCAGCGAGGAUGAAAUUCAACGUGACCGUGUUUCGGCUAACAAUAAGUAUCAACUUGAGUCUUACUGCUUUAACAUCAAGCAAACAAUGGAGGAUGAUAAGGUUUGAUUUUGAUGGAUAAAGCUUGGCCUGGGUGUCUUCGGGGUGGGCCUUCUUGUUUGAGGGAUUGGAUGUUUUUUGAGGAUAGCAUGGAUUGUCUUGGGAGAUGAAAUAGGGUUUAGGGUUACGCAGUCUUAACAGGGUAUGAGCUUGGGUCAGGAGUGGCCUGUUUUGGUGGGGGAUGUGAGCAGGGAUGAGCUGGGACAUGGAUUGACUGUCUUGGGGUGUAUUGGGAGCAUUGAUGGGCUGUCAUGGUGGGGGAUUAACUGUCUUUGGGUAGGCUGGGGAGUGAAAGGGCUGUUUUCUUGGGGGAUUAACUCUCUUUGAGCAUGCUGAGGGCAGGGACUGACUGUCUUUCGUCAUUUUUGAAGACGGAAAUUUUGCAUUUUCAAUUUUAAAGAUAUUAUUCAGAUGU